ACGUUCGAAUGUAAAACGUGAAAGUGGGAAAACGCAAUAACAUCAGAGACACUAUUUUCAAUCCGAAUCCAUCAUCUUAUUUACGUAGACGAUCUUUGAUGACGGAGUUUUCUGUGACGCGGCUCAAUUACUGUCUUGUCUGUCUGUCUCUCAGGACUAGUCUUGCUGCCUUUUUUCUUGGAUGAAGUGGCUACGCAGCACAAAGACUGGAUGACUGGAGAUGAGACCCUGCAGCCCCACAUUAAACCAUGAGUAUCCAGAGGCUUGGAGGAGCUAUAGGGGAAUCCCUGGGCUCUAGCCUGACGGUGCGUAUGAGCGGUGCAGGUGGUGGGUGGAGCUCCCUCUCCCUGAAACCCGUUUCCUCUGGACGAAUCGCUUCUUUGUUCCAGACCAUGGUCCCUACUGGAUACACCAAGCUGCAGGAGGAGCGACUGGCCAUGGUGGACCUCGGAGCCAAACCUGAGGUCAGCUCCUCGCUCCAGAAUGGCUACAGACAAGAGACAUUGUCUCAUGUGGAGAGCCGGCGACACGUGGACCGCGCCUCUCGCUCCUCUGUGACUUUAUCUGACUGUGGGGACUUCUCUGAGAUGGAGCCAAUGCUGGCUGAGAGGAGGCUGUCCAGUGAGGAGGCAGGGGGGGAGGAGGAGGAGGAGAAGGAAGAGGAGGAGGUAGGGCAGGAGGAGAGGCAGGGAUCUGCUCUGCAUAACAUGCCCAAGGAGUCUCCACUAUCUAUGGCGCUGCAGAUCCUGGUGCCCUUUCUUCUUGCUGGAUUUGGAACUGUGUCAGCUGGGAUGGUGCUGGAUAUUGUGCAGCACUGGGAGGCCUUCUCGUACAUCACAGAGAUCUUCAUCCUUGUCCCGGCUCUGCUUGGCCUCAAGGGGAACCUGGAGAUGACGCUGGCCUCGAGGCUGUCCACAGCGGUAAAUGUGGGCAAGAUGGAUUCUCCAAUAGAGAAGUGGAAUCUCAUCAUAGGCAACCUGGCACUGAAACAGGUCCAGGCCACUGUGGUGGGUUUCCUUGCAGCUGUAGCAGCUGUGGUUCUCGGUUGGAUCCCAGAGGGGAAGUUCCAAAUGAGCCACGCUGUGCUGCUGUGCUCCAGCAGCGUGGCCACGGCCUUCAUCGCCUCACUGCUGCAGGGUAUCAUCAUGGUGGGUGUGAUCGUGGGAUCAAAGAAGACGGGCAUCAACCCAGACAACGUAGCCACACCCAUCGCUGCCAGUUUUGGUGACCUCAUAACCUUGGCAAUCCUGGCCUGGAUAAGUCAGGGCCUUUACAAGUGCCUGGACUCCUACCCGUAUGUGUCGUCCCUGCUUUGCGCCUUCUUCAUGUGUCUGACUCCACUGUGGAUCAUCAUCUCAUCCAAGCACCCAGCCAGCCGCACCCUGCUCUACUCUGGAUGGGAACCAGUCAUCACUGCCAUGAUCAUCAGCAGUAUUGGAGGACUCAUCCUGGACAAAACAGUGUCUCAUCCAGAUAUGGCCGGCAUCGUGGUAUACACCCCAGUUAUCAAUGGUAUUGGAGGAAACCUGGUGGCUAUUCAGUCUAGCAGAAUCUCCACUCAUCUACAUUUCCACUGUGCUCCUGGGGAGGUUCCUGAAGAGGCCAAGGGCUGCUACUACCCCUGCCGCACAUUCUUUGGUACAGGAGCCAAUCACAGGUCUGCUCAGGUGCUUAUCCUCCUGGUGAUUCCGGGUCACCUCAUCUUCCUCUACACCAUCCACCUGAUGAAGAGUGGACACACGACCCUGACAGUCAUCUUUAUGUCCGUAUACCUGGCUGCUGCUAUGCUGCAGGUGUUGUUGUUGUUGUGUAUUGCAGACUGGAUGGUGCACUCAAUGUGGCGGAGCGGCAAAGACCCAGACAGUUUUUCCAUCCCUUAUCUGACGGCUCUGGGAGACCUGCUGGGCACCGCCUUCCUGGCUCUCAGCUUCCACUUCCUGUGGCUCAUAGGAGACCGGGACAGUGAUGUGGGUGACUGAGGGUAACGACAGCGCGACUGUAACUCUUCUGCCCGCCAGCUGACAUCUUAAGCCUUACGGGAAAUCGGUUGCUUUGUCACUGGCCGGCACAUUCCUGCAAUGCGCUUCACGAAAUACUGAAUGAACUUCAACCACAUGAUGGCUCUGAAACUAUUUCCUGCUCCCGGCUCUUUUUUUUUAAGACAUUAUAUUUCAUAAAUCUGGACUGUAGCAAUGUUUAUCUUAUUUGCAGCAAAGCACACGUAUAUUGCUGCUUUUGAAAAAGGUGAUCAGGAAAACACCAGGCCACAAUGCUAAAGAAACCUGGAUGAGUAUAAACUGGAGGUCUUCUCCUGAAAAAAAAUCUGAUUAGCUGGAUUAUAUUUUGCAGAUUUACCACCAUCUGUGUCACAGCAUUUGUUUUGUCAGUGCACGGACACGGAUAGAGGCAAAUGGGGUGUACGCCAAGAGAGGGGAAACCUGUUGUUAUUAUAAUUAUUAUAUCUGAUCACCUUCUGAAUACUGUGGUGUUUACCAGUUUUGCCCAUUUCUAAUCUGCCUCAUGUGUCAUUUUGGUUCUAGGGACUAUAGAGUAAGUCCAGUGUUUACAGUCCAGCACUGUCACUGUGUUUACUGUGUGUCUGAAGUAAGAACUCGCUAAAGUCAUUGUAGUGUGUGAUGUUUGCAUUGGAAGAGGCGCACAAUUAAAUCAAUAAUACAUUUGUAAUGGGAAGGGAAAUUUAAAGUGUCUUUGCCGCCUGACAGCCAACACUUCAAACACAUCAAAGCAUAGUCAAGUGUUGAGAAUCUGCCAAAAACCGUCCCCCAAACAGUGAUCGUCCAAUUGUAGAAAAGCAGGUAUUCAGGAAUGACAUUUCUUCACAGCUCGCCUUGGAUUUGACCCCAAUGGAGGCACCAGUAAGGCUGUAUUUAGAGUGAGCUUUAGCCUCAGUCUUGUACUGUAUGUAUGUAGCCAUGACAGCUGGAUUUAAGGACGUCCAUGAUUUGCUGUAGAUCAAUCAUCAUGUGCAUUGUUAAAUGACAGCUACACACUGCUCCAACAUCCUUGUUUUCACAUGCUGUCCACAUAUGUGUAGUGUUUACAUACAUAUGUAUGAGCUUAAACAAAUAAACUUAAAGUAAAUUUGUUAGUGAAAACAUGGCCGUCUCCAUGGACACGAUUUAAAAUACAUUUAUAUAUAUAUACAUAUAUAUAUAUAUACACUACCAGUCAAAAGUUAGGACACACCUUUCCAUUUACUUGAAUGAAGAAGUGUGUCCAAACUUUUGACUGGUAGUGUAUAUAUAAAUAUAGUGUAUAAAGUAGCCCCUUAACAAAAGACUUGCCUAAUAAAAAAUCAUGUGCGCUUAAGUCUAUGGUAUCUUAAGAAUUUCCUGAUUCACCUUCCAAUAUUUUUCCAUCAGGAAAUUGAAGAUUGGGUCGCCUUGUGAACUGAUCACUCUCCCAUACCAGAUUCCAUAGAGAAAACCAGCAAUUUUACAUCACAGCAUACAGCAAUGGCUGAUCUAGUAAUGGCUGUAUCAGUAAGUUCAAAUUUGUUUUGUGACUUUAGUGUUUAGAAAUCAUUUAUUAAGAUUUGCCCUAAUCACAUAAACUUACCAAACGACACAGCAGUGCUCUUGUGUCCCCCCUGAGCUAAAAACAUUGAUUUUCUCUUUGUUUUAUGUCGAAUUGUAAGAUAAGUGGCAAACAUUAUGAUAAUUUAGACUUAAGCAGGCUUAGAUGUUAUUAGGCUUCUGUUAAGAGGGUCAAGAUCUAAAAUUGUAUUCAUGUGUCCCUGCUGGCAGCCAUGUUUGUUGGUUCCAGGUGCAGGGCCAGUUAGUGCAGAGUUAAGUUUCACCUCAAAAGUAUCCCUUUUAAUUAUCAGCUUUUAUGUCAAUUCAGUCAGUCUCAUAUCAAACUAAUAUUGUGCACAUAAUACCUUUACCUAGAAGUUUGAUAUAGAGUCAGUCCCUGCAACUCUUGGAGAAACGGUGCGGUUAAUCCUCUGGCUUAAAAAAAAUCCAACCACCUUCAAUCUGUUAUAAUUGAGCAGCUUAUCAUGAGCGUGAGAAUAUGGCCGGUGGUGCUUUUUCUUUUCCCAAUAUGUGCCUCUUGAGAUUCACCAAUUAAGGUGAAAUAUGUCUCUCUGUCAUGCCAUGAAUGCAAGUUUCCUUCUAAGACAUUAUAAUACAGUGCAAUAACAUGAUGAUCCUUUUGUACUCAAAUUUAAGCUGUACGCCAGUGACUAUUCUGUUUUUGAAGAUUUUUUCACUGGCAUGAAAGUACUUGUAUAUCACAUUGUCUGAUUGUCUUAAGUUUCUUCUCUCUCUCUCUCUUUUGUUUGCUUUGUGGCUCAUUCAAGCCAUUAAUGUCUAAAUAAAUGUUCUUCACUUUGAAA